AUGCUCAGCCUUUCCGGGCCCGGCCCGCCGGCGUCGACGUCGGGCCACAUGGUGCCCGGACCAUCGACAUCAGCGGCGGCGGCGCCUUUAGGGUCGUCGUCGUCGUCGCUACUCAGCAAUCAGCAGCCGACCACCUCAUACAGUGUCACGAAUCAUUUGGGGCCGGGCGGACUCGGCGGACCGCCGCCCUCUUCCGACGCUCUAUUGCUCACGUUGCGCUCGAAACCGCACUCGCGUGUGUUUCGCGCACUUUUCCAAUAUUUGCCGCUGCGCGACUCGCCCAACGAGAAUCCGCAGCUCGAGCUCAGUCUGCAGCCCGGCGACGUGGUCCUCGUCAAAGGCGAAAUGGAUUCGGAUGGUUUCUAUCGCGGCGAGACCCUCGAUGGACGAUCGGGUCUCGUGCCGUCUAACUAUGUCGAAAGGGUUCCCGACUCUGUUCUAUUGUCGAAUGCACGAGCACCGUCACCCUCAUUUCCGCUCAGGAUACCCCAACAUUUAUCGACGAUAGCGCAUGAUUUCUCAUCGCCAGAUCAUUCGACUUUACCAGAUUCGGUUUGUCCGUAUCCGCCGGCGGAUGUGACAAAGGUCACCGUUCAGGAGAUCAAAAACAAUGAAACACCGCGAGUGCCUUGUCCUCGCGAAUUGAUCGUCGAAAAGAAAUUAUCGCGAAGCGCUCUUGUUUCGUGGAGUCCACCCGAAGAAUCUUUCGUUGCCGUUUCCCAAUACCACGUGUGCGUCGAUGGCGCUGUUCGAGCGAUUGUUCCCGGGUCUUAUAAGUGCCGAGCAUUAGUUGAAGAUAUUUCGCUGGAAGGCUCUGUGAAUUUGUCGGUUCGCGCGGUGACCGAGCACGGACACUCGCCAGAUGCUUGCUGUACAAUAGCUAUAGGAAAUGAAGCGGCGGUUGCACCGCAACAAGUGCGCGUGUGGGCGGUCACACCGGUGUCGGCGUGCGUUCGUUGGUAUCCGUCGAAUAGCAACGCGGAGCACGUCGUCUCAUUGAACGCGGUCAAAGUGGGCGUGUGCCCACCGACAGUGUUUCAGGUCCAACUCCAAGGUCUUCAGCCGUCAACAAUUUAUCGGGUCUCGGUGCGCACGAAACAUCCGAAAGCGGUUCUCGAGCAGAGGCCCGUCGAACGUUGCAUCGACUUCAAGACACUUCCGAAAAUCGGCCUUCCCGAUCCGCCAUCGAACGUUCAAGUCGAAAUCGGACCGCAGCCGGGAACACUACUCGUGUCGUGGCAUCCGGUCGCGAAUCAGCCGAAACCGCCGUCGCGCGCCGCCGUCCAUUCGUAUUUGAUCUACGCCGACGGCAAGAACAUUGCUCAGGUGCCAUCGGCGACGGCCGACCACGUCGUUCUGCGACUCGCCGAUCUCUCCGACGAUCCGCCGAUUUUCAUCACCGUUCGAACGAAGACGAAAGAAGGCGCCGUCUCAUCAGACUCGAACGUCGCGCGAGUGCCGCGAACGCAAGGAAUCGCCACCGCCACCGGUCAGCCGAUUCUUCAGCAAGAUCUUGGUCUGCCACUUGUAGACAUGACAUCGUCCUAUCCAUCCUAUGCACAUAAUCCAGCGUCGUUCAUGGGUGGUCAAGUUCCAUUAACCAACGGGCAUAUCGCUUCGAAUCCAGCAGCGCCAGUGACAGCUCCGUACACUGCACCGGCAAGAAUGGUUGGUGCCACCGGCAUCAUGGCCUAUCAGCAGCCAUCGUAUCCGAAUGCGGCGGCAGCUCUCGUUCAGCCAGCCACCGCAGUUCCAUCAGGAUACGCAACAUUCGAUCGAUCGACAUCGCUUGGCGGCGCUGUGCCUCCGACAGCAGCGACGACGUCAGUUGGAGGCGGCCAUUAUGCGACUUCACGGCCAUCGCCGAGCACAAUGCAAACGAGCCUGCCGAAUGCAUGGAAGCCGCCUCAAAUGAGCCAGUAUUACACAUUCCAUCCGAAUUAUUUGCACACAGAGCCGACCGGAGCUGAAGAGACGCGACCAUCGGUUUUGGAAAUGGAGAACAGUUACCUUAUGCGACAUCGCCACAAUGACUGGUCGAAUGCACCGGAUGCUCGAGCCCGCGUUGAAGCUUAUUCGCGAGGGCUAGCUAGGGCGGGGAGUGCCGAUGAAAGGAUACAUCAUACUGGGACACUCAAUCGCACUCGAUUAAUUGCUCCGAGAUUGGCUCGAGUGAAAAGCGAGAGUGGCUUCGGGACAAGAUCGGAGCCUGAUCUACGACCGCCGACGCUUGAUUCGGAAGACUGCCGAUGGUUUGUUGCUUUGUUCGAUUAUUCGCAUCAUAUGUCGCCGAAUCCGAAUGCUGAAUAUGAAGAGUUGUCGUUCCGAAAACAUCAAUUGAUCAAGGUUUACGGAGAAGCUGAUGCUGACGGAUUCUACCAAGGUCAGAUCGGAAACCGAAUAGGAUUAGUGCCUUCAAAUAUGGUUAUUGAAAUUGCAAAAGAUGACGUGCUACCCAGGAGAACCGCGGCCGCAUUGCCUGCUGCGCCCAUAGAACCUGCGAUUCGAAGGAUGCGAUGGGGAAGUCUGAAAUCGCGGAGCUACGACCACGCUGGUGAUCGAAGUACAUCGCAAUAUCGAAGCUCGCAGAAUUAUGCGAGCCUUGAUCGAAGGGAAGAGCGAAUUCCGGAAAGGUAUCGAAGAUCAAACGGAGCGCCGGGACCACGAAAUGACUACGACUACCGAAGAGAAAAAGAUUACGACGAUCGGUAUGCCUCAUCAAGAGAUCGAUCAGCGAGACGACCGAUUGAUCCGAGGGAUGAAUACGGACCAUCUCAUUUUGAUGAUGACUACCGAAGGGAACGCGACAGGGACCGUGAAAGGGAACGCGAACGAGAACGAGAACGUGAUAGAGAUCGAGACCGCGAGCGAGAUCGGUAUGAGCGGCGUGGAUACGAACGACGAGAAUUUGGAUAUGAUUACCGGGAUAAGUACAGAGAACGGCCGAGGAUGGACGAUUAUCGGGAUGAUCGCACGACGUAUGAUUAUCCACCGAACAGCGCGCGCUAUGAGCAACCGUCGACAAGUCAGAAUAUGAGUAUGCAGCAGCAGCAGCAACAACAACAACAGCAACAACAACAACAACAACAGCAGCAGCAUCAACAGCUCAGCCAUCAGAUGUCGCAAAUGCAACUCGGAUCGCAGCAACAACAACCGCAACCUCAGCAGCUCAUCGGCCUUCAGAAUCAAUCUGGAAUCGGUGGAAUGGGCGGAGAUGCCGGAAUGAUGAUGGGACAAUCUGGAAUGGAUCUGACGACGAAUUACAAUGGAGUCGUCACCAAGAAAAUGGUUGCGAAAUUUGACUACGAUUCGAGACAAUUGAGUCCGAAUGUUGAUGCCGAGCAGGUGGAGCUCUCUUUCCGACAAGGCGAUGUCAUCACAGUGUUUGGCGAAAUGGAUGAAGAUGGAUUCUACAUGGGAGAACUGAAUGGAGUUCGAGGACUCGUGCCAUCGAAUUUCUUGCAGUCAUCACCGCUCAACACUUUGGGACCAUCUCAGCCAACGGAGCCGAUGCGGAAAGGAGUCGCGUUUUCGGACACGGCGUCUGUCGCGGUUCGAAAAACAGCACCGGUUCGGCAGCCGUCGCAGACGUCUGUUGCGGCGGCGGCGACGUCUGUGAAGCCAGUUGCCAAGAAAUCGACGGCUGGACAAGGCGUCGGAACGAAACCGGUUGCGAAAAAGACAAGCGAUGUCGGAAAGAAUGCGACACCGAAUGCUAGAAAAACGAGUACGGCUGUGAAGAAAAGUGACUCAACGGCAAAGGUACAUUUGAAAUGA